AUGAACAAGUAUAGCGGUGCAAUUGUUAUAAGUGGAAGUAUAGGAGUUGGAAAAACAACAACAAUACAAGCAUUAAUUGAAUAUUUUAAUAAAGAGAAUGUAGGAAUAAUAGAAGAAUAUAUUGAUUAUUCACCUAGAAUUGGAAAAAUGUUAAUAUCAGAUGUAGGGAAUGGAAUAGAAAGAAAUUACACAUUACAAAAAUUUAUUCUUCAAUGUUAUGAAGAACAAUUAAAAAAUAAUAAAAAUAAAAAAGUAAUAAUUAUUGAACGACAUCCUCGUGAAGCAAUUGAAGUAUUUUGUGAAAUAGAUAAAACAAUGACAGAAAAAGAAAGAGAAGAAAUUACGAAUAAAAUAUAUUUAAUAGAAAAAGAAUACCAAUUAGAAUAUAAUAAAUAUAAUACAUAUUGUAUUUCAACUGAUUAUGCAACUCCAAAUAUUAUAGCAAGAAAUAUCUUUACAGAAUGGAUAAAAAGAGAAAAUAUAGAAAAUGAAACAUUUCAUGUAUUUUUAUAUGCUAAUGAAGAAAAUCAAAAGAAAAGAAUUAUAAAAAGAAAUAGAGGAGUUAUUUCAGAAAUGAAUUUUUAUUAUGUUAAUCAAAUUAAUACUCUUUAUAAACAUUAUUUAAAUGAACAUUUUACUUCUAAAGAAAAUAAUGAAGAAACAUUAUUUAUUAAAAAAUUACAUAAAGAUGCAAUUAUUCCUACAAGAGGAACAGAACAAUCAGUAGGUUUUGAUUUAUAUAGCAUUGAUGAUAAUAUUAUUUAUCCACAUGAUAGAUGUUUAAUUUCUACAGGAAUUGCUGUACAAAUUCCACAUUUCUGUUAUGGUAGAGUUGCACCACGUUCAUCAUUAGCAAUUAAAUAUGGAAUUGAUAUUGGAGGAGGAGUUAUUGAUGAAGAUUAUAGAGGAGAAAUAAAAGUAAUAGUAUUUAAUCAUUCAAAUACUAUAUAUAAAUGCAAGAAAGGAGAUAGAGUUGCUCUACUUAUUAUUGAAAAAAUAAAACAAUGUAAAAUUGAAGAAGUGAAAGAAAUAAGUGAAACAAUAAGAGGAGAGAAAGGAUUUGGAUCAACAGGUAAAUGA